AUGUUGGAGGAGUGUGAUGCAAACAUUCUCCAAUCAAAUGACAUAGCGAAGAUGACCUCAAAAGACACAACUCUACAGAGGGUGUUUUCUUGGACGUUGAAAGGAUGGCCUGCCGUACUUUUGGAGGAGGAGUUCCGACCUUUUUAUCAACGUCGCCAUGAAAUAUCGGUAAAUAAAGAUUGUUUACUAUUUGGUGACCGAAUUAUUGUUCCAGAAGCCGCUCGGAACGAUUUGCUGAAAAUCUUGCAUGCUGGCCAUCCGGGAGUGGUUAGAAUGAAAAGUCUUGCCCGAAGCUACAUAUGGUGGCCGAAAAUGGAUGGUGACAUUGAGGGGAUGGUAAAAAGGUGCAUCACCUGUCAAGAAUCUCGAACAGAGAAGUCUAAGUCAACUAUACAUCCUUGGGAAGAAACUUCAAAGUCAUGGUCACGCCUACAUGUAGACUUCGCAGGUCCCUUUCAAGGUAAGAUCUUUUUUAUUCUAGUAAAUUCUUAUUCGAAGUGGCUAGAAGUCAAAUUAGUAUCUACUACAAGCACAAGCUGUGCAAUCGACAGUCUUUGUUCUAUAUUCGCGACACAUGGAUUACCAGAUUCAAUUGUAUCUGACAAUGGAACAGCCUUCACCUCUGAGGUUUUCAGUCAGUUUUGUGGGAGUAAUCUUAUUUCACACAUCCUUUCUGCUCCUUUUCACCCAUCGACCAAUGGACAGGCAGAAAGGAUGGUUCGCACUACUAAGGAUUAUCUCAAACGGAAUAACAACGGAUGUGUUAAGCUUCGCCUGGCAAGGUUCCUGCCACUUAGUCAUACUACACCAUCAACAGUUACUGGCAAAUCUCCGGCAGAAAUCUUGUUCAAGCGUCGACCGAUGACAUACUUUGAUAAAAUCCACCCUGAUAGUCAACCGCUUCGUUCAUCCAAAAAAGAUCACAUUACAGGUAAUGAUCUACAAUUACAAACCGAUGAACCUGUUUGGAUAAGAAACUAUUCAAAAGGGCCUAUUUGGAUUCCGGCCGAAAUAAGCAAGCAAAUGGGUCCAGUAUCAUAUUUAGUAAGAACUGACGAUGGAAAGACGGUUUGCAGACAUUCAGAUCAACUUCGACAUAGGAGUCCAGAGACUCAUAAUGAACCGGAUCCGAAACAAGAACAACAACAAUCAAAACCACCAGAAGCUGCAUCACAAACAGAGCAAGUCUUACCUGAGCCUAGACGUUCCGAGAGGCUUCGAAAUCUGGAAGUUAAAUCUAAGAGGGGAGCAGUGUGA